GCGCCUUUUUGCAAGCAUCCAAGGUGUACCGCCAAAUUACAGGAAUAUUUUCUCAUUCAUCUUCUUACCUCGUCCGUGUACGUACGCUUGCAUCUCGUUGCUUGAGAGCUUUUUGUGUCAUUUUAUUGUGUUGUAAAGCAUCAACAUGUUCGAAGCGCGACUGAAUGCUAGCCACGUUCUAAAGAAGGUCCUGGAUGCCAUCAAGGAUCUUCUGAACGAAGCCACAUUCGAUUGUAGCGAUUCUGGCAUUCAAUUGCAAGCGAUGGACAACUCCCACGUUUCCCUUGUAUCGCUCUCACUACGGUCCGACGGAUUCGACAAGUACCGGUGUGACCGGAACUUGUCUAUGGGAAUGAACUUGGCCAACAUGGCCAAGAUUAUGAAGUGUGCCAACAACGAUGAUACAUUGACGAUGAAAGCUCAGGACAAUGCCGACACUGUAACUUUUAUGUUCGAAUCACAGAACCAAGAAAAGGUGUCCGAUUACGAAAUGAAGCUAAUGAAUCUGGACCAGGAACACUUGGGCAUUCCAGAAACGGAUUAUGCGUGCGUUGUUCGCAUGCCAGCGAUGGAGUUUGCACGCAUCUGUCGUGAUCUGUCGCAGUUCGGCGAGUCCGUUGUCAUCUCCUGCACCAAAGAAGGUGUGAAAUUCUCGGCAUCCGGUGAUGCGGGUUCGGCUAACAUAAAGCUGGCGCAAACCUCGACCGUGGAUAAAGAGGACGAAUCGGUCAUUAUCGAAAUGCAGGAGCCUGUGACACUCACCUUUGCCUGCCGGUACCUGAACUCCUUUACAAAAGCAACGCCACUGUGUAACCAAGUGCAGCUGUCUAUGUCGGCUGACGUACCGUUGGUUGUUGAAUACCGUAUCCCGGACCUGGGCCACAUCCGCUACUAUUUAGCGCCUAAGAUAGAAGACGAUGAAAAUUAAGCUAAAUAUAAAUACAAAUAAGA